AUGAAAACGGAUGAUUCAAUCGAGUUAUCCCACGCCGACUUGCCACAAUCUUUGGAAGAACUUGAUCCAAAGCUCGAAGCCAAAAUCCGAAGAAAAUAUGAUUUACGUAUCAUGCCCAUCGUAACCUUGAUUUACUUGAUGGCAUUUAUCGACAGAUCAAACAUGGGAAAUGCUAGAGUCCUCGGCAUGGAAGAAGACCUCGAGUUGACUGGUGUUCGUUUCAACAUUACCUUGACUGCCUUUUUCAUUACUUACGUCCUCUUUGAAGUUCCAACAAACAUCAUGUGCAAGAAAUUCGGUCCUAGAAUCUGGUUGUCGAUUAUUACCUGUUCCUUUGGUCUUUUGACUAUGUGUAUCGCAUUCUGCACCAACUUUGCCGGCAUUACAGCUGCACGCGCUAUUCUUGGUAUCGCUGAAGCAGGUAUCAUGCCCGGUAUUUCGUAUAUGCUUUCGACCUUUUAUCGACGCCAUGAACUUGUCACUCGCGUUGGUGUUUAUGCCGCAUUUGCCAGUUUAGCUGGUGGCUUCGGUGGUUUACUUGCAACCGGCUUACACAUGAUCCCUCCGUGGGGUAUGAUCCACACCUGGCGCAACAUUUUCUUCUUUGAAGGCAUUUUAACCAUCGUAUCCGGUGUCAUUUGUUACAUGUUCUUACCAAAGUCGCCUGAAACGGCAAGAUUUUUGACUGAAGAAGAACGACGCAUUGGCGCUCUCCGCAUCCAACUGGAAGUCCUUACCAACAAUCAAACCAAAAUUCAAAAAAGCCACUUUAAGCUUGCCAUAUGGAAUUUACAUACUAUUUUAAUGUCUAUUGGUUUGUUCUGCUCGCUCUUGUGUAUGAAUUCGAUUGCUCUUUUCAUGCCUUCUCUUCUGAGAACCAUGGGUUAUGACUCAAUUCAGGCUCAAUUAAUGACAGUACCUCCUUAUGCUGUUGGCACUGUAGUCUGUAUAGUCCUCUGUGUUCUUUCCGAUCGCUUCAAGACGCGUGGUAUCAUCAUUGGUGGCAUUGUUGCCGUUUUAAUUACCAUUGCCUUUGCUAUCCUCCUUGGUGUUUCAAUGGAUAGUUAUGGCGUUCGCUACAUGGCUAUUUUCUUUGCCACCGCCGGUGCAUUCACUGGUAGUCCCAUGCAGAUCGGCUGGCUCGUCGAGAACUCGGCUGGUCCUAUGGUUCGCGCUAUUACCAGUGCUACUGGUGUCAGUAUUGGCUCGCUCGGUGGUUUGCUUGCAACCUGGACUUACGCAACCGAUUACACUAUUGGUCACAUUAUUAACCUGAUUUCUGGUGUUGUCAUCAUCUGUGUUGCUGUUACUGCUACUAUCAACUUGCGCUGGCAGAACCGUCAACGUGCACUGGGCAAGAAGGAUCAUAUCCUGCAAGGUCUCACACAAGACGAAGUCGAGCAACUUGGUCACUCGCAUCCUCACUUCCGUUUCACACCUUAA